UAUUUUUAUCCAUGUAAAUAGACAGUAACAUGAACACUGAAACGUAUGACUUAUUUUACAAUUGUGUGUUUAUAAAUAACGGCAGCGCAUAGAUACAUAGUGUAUUUCAACACCGCCUCUAAAUAAAACUUUAUAGUUGUGUGUGUCGCUCGUGAAUGAAUCAGUGUGUUUAAUAAAUCUUUUAACUGAACGAAUCGUUCUCUCACAUGCUUCACGCUGGAUCUAAAGAAAGGUCACGAAACAUCAGUGUAAAUGAAUCUUCUUGGUGAACUUAUUCAAAAGGUUCGAGUCACUGGGAUGAAUCACAUUGAAUCACAUGUCUCUCACAGCCCUCUAGGAUGAUUGACAAUAGAUCCCUCCAAUCAGCGAAGUCAGUUUCAAACUGGGCGGGAUUCUUGGUUAUGUCGUAACAAGCUAGGCUGCAACCACCCCCCACCCCCAACCCCAGUCUCAACUCCUUCAUACAAACACACACACGAGCGCUGCCUUGUUUUGGUCUGUUACGGCUUCGCAAAAGAGAAAACUCAGCGACUUUUGGUGGAACUUAUACAGCUGUCCAAACAGACUCGGUACGUUUCCGUUGUAAAUAACGGGCAGAUGCACACUUUGCGCUCGUGCUUUGUUUAAUUGCACUUUGGGGAUUUUUGCAGACAGCGCUUUGAUCUCCGGGGUAAAUGGGUUCGUCGGACGCUGCUGACUACGCUUGUUUUGAUAAUGCAUUCGGAUCUCCGGACUGAAAAGGACACUGUUUUCUAAUUUUCACUGUUUUGUAUUUUUGUACAUCAUAAACUUGGUGCUUUCCGGUAACUUACUUGCAAUAUUCUUUGUGGAUGCCUGGUGGAUUAUUUAAACUAAGUUUUAACAAUGUAAUGCUGCUGAAGAAACUGUUAUAAUUUAAGCUUUUGUCGGUACGCACAAAAGUGUGUUUUUGAGUGCUAUUUUUCUAUUUGUACUCAAUGGAAAACAUUAUAUCCCACCGUUCACAUUUGGCAAAGAGUACAGGCAGAAGGCUUUGACUUUCAACCCUGCAAUUUUUUCAUAAAUUAUUUUUUAUACCAUGGCAAGUCCGACCACGGAGCAAGGAUGUUUUUCGGAUGUGAAAAAGGUGGGUUAUUUAAGGAAACCCAAAAGCAUGCACAAAAGGUUUUUUGUACUGAGGACAGCGAGUGCCUCUGGACCGUCCCGACUGGAGUACUAUGAAAACGAGAAGAAGUGGAGACACAAGUCUGGAGCACCGAAAAGGUCCAUUCUGCUGGAGAGCUGCUUUAACAUCAACAAAAGAGCAGAUUCUAAAAGCAAACAUCUUGUUGCGCUUUACGCCAAGGAUGAGUACUUUGCCAUCGCUGCUGACAGUGAGUUAGAGCAGGAGUCAUGGUAUCAAGCCCUCGUUGAUCUUCAUAACAGAGGUAAAGUCCACGAAACUGCCACAGGCCACGGAAUUGGUGAAGAUAAUUACGGCGAAGCCACGCCGGGACCUGCCUUCAAAGAGGUAUGGCAGGUUAUUUUGAAACCAAAGGGUCUGGGUCACGUAAAGAACUUGAUUGGUGUUUACAGAUUAUGCCUCACUAAUAAGACUAUCAGUUUUGUGAAACUCAAUUCAGAUGCGGCCGCAGUGGUCCUGCAGUUGAUGAACAUUAGAAGAUGUGGUCACUCUGAGAAUUUCUUUUUCAUUGAAGUUGGGAGAUCCGCUGUGACAGGGCCUGGGGAGUUUUGGAUGCAAGUUGAUGACUCAGUUGUGGCUCAGAACAUGCACGAAACUAUAUUAGAAGCCAUGAAAGCCAUGAGUGAGGAGUUCAGACCCCGCAGCAAAAGUCAGUCAUCUUCCAACUGCUCAAACCCCAUCUCAGUGCCUGUCAGGAGGCAUCAUCACAAUAAUCCUCCCCCCAGUCAGGUUGGCUUAGGCAGGCGCUCUCGGGCGGAGAGUGUGACAGCCACUUCUCCUGUUAGACCCGGAAAACACAGCCAUUCAUUCAGAGUGAGAGCGUCCAGUGAUGGGGAGGGCACCAUGUCCAGACCGGCGUCCGUGGAUGGGAGUCCAAGCAGCCCGAGCACAGCCCGCCCCCAAUCGCAGCGACACAGGGGUGGAUCCAGACUUCACCCUCCGCUCAAUCACAGCAGAUCAAUCCCCACGCCCACCUCGCGGUGCUCCCCCUCGGCCAUCAGCCCCGUCAGCCUGUCUUCCAGCAGCACCAGCGGCCAUGGAUCCACGUCUGACUGCCUCUUUCCACGCCGCUCUAGCGCCUCCAUAUCUGGAUCGCCCAGUGAUGGCGGAUUCAUUUCCUCUGAUGAAUACGGAUCCAGCCCUUGCGACUUUCGAAGCUCCUUCCGUAGCGUGACUCCGGACUCGCUUGGCCACACACCGCCUGCUAGGGAGGAGGAGAUAAACAACUACAUAUGCAUGGCCAAGCCCGGUUCACUUCCAGGCACCGGGAGCCAAUCGCGAAGCCAAUCCAGAGGAACGCCAUCGAGACUAGAGGAGCCCGAGUUGGAAAAAUGUUUCCGGAAACGAACUCAUUCUUCCGGUGCAUCACCGCCAACUCCGUGCCAUCAAAAGACUCCCUCACAAUCAUCUGCCGGAUCGCUGGAGGAGUAUACUGUAAUGAUGCCGGCAUACCCACGAAGCCGCACUGCAUCAUCAUCGUCGUCAACCUACAGGCACUCAUUCAUGCCUACACAUUCAUACCCAGAAGAAGGUAUAGACACGUCACAAGCAAAAGACCACAGUGGACCAGAUCACAAAGAUGAUGGCUACAUGCCUAUGCUGCCAGGCGUCGCACCUGCGACCCCAACGGUGAAAAGUGGUGACUACAUGCCAAUGAGUCCAAAAAGUGUUUCUGCACCACAGCAAAUUAUCAACCCCCGGCAACACACGCAUGUCGACUCCAAUGGUUAUAUGAUGAUGUCACCAAGUGGCAGCUGCUCUCCAGAUGGCACAACAAACUAUGGCAAGAUCUGGACUAAUGGCAUCAACCCUAAGCACUCCGUAGAGAGCAUGGAAGGUAAAGUGUCCUCUUGUGGAGACUACAUAAACAUGUCCCCGGCUAGUUGUUCAACGACCAGUACGCCUCCAGACUGUUUUUUCAACCCUGUGGAAGAUCCUCCCAGGCCAAUGUAUGCUUACUUCUCUUUGCCCCGCUCCUUCAAGCAUGCCAACAGGAAGCAGGACCAGAGUCCUCUUCGGAUACCACCGGGCUCUAAUCGAUUGCCGUAUGCAGAAUCUUCCUCGUCUUCGACGAGCAGCGAUAGCUUAGGUGGUCAAGGCAACUCCCAGCAGUCUGCUGUCAAACCCAAAAGGUCAGAGGGGAACAGUAGGCUGACACGGCCAACACGGCUGUCAAUGGAUGCUAUCAAAGCAAGUACUCUCCCACGAACACGUGAGAGUCCCUUCCCCGCAGAGCCCAAAAGUCCUGGCGAGUAUGUCAACAUUGAGUUCAAUGAAAAGCCGUUUUCAGCGAGCUUAGCGUCGCUGUACCCACCUGUGUUUUCUGUAAGUGAUGCCGAGGCCCAAUCAGACCUUUCAUCAUCUGAGUACAUGAACAUGCAGCCAGGGUCACAAGCCAGGCAGUUGUGUUCCACUUCCUGUUCAGAUUAUGCCAUUAUCACCCCAUCAAACGUUGCAUCCACCCCUCCUCUGCCCUGUGAGAGCAUAUGUGAACGUGACUACUGCAGCAUGCAGUUAGCAUCCCGCACUAGCUUUCCUAACACACAAAUGAUGCUGAGGACCGAGGUCUUGCCAGAUGCGGAUGCCCCUCUUUGUUCUGUAUCACCCAAUCAUGGCGGGACGGCGUUAAGCGGUGCCCCAGGAAGACAGUCUCUGAUCGGCCCUUUGUCAGGUCUUAGUGCAUUUACACGGGUUAACUCCACUUCCGGGUGGAACCAGGGGGCUAAAGUAAUCCGGGCUGACCCACAGGGUCGACGGCGACACAGUUCAGAGACUUUUGCCUCCACUACAACAAGAGGGUCAAUUGACACAUCAGCCACCUGUCAGUCAGGUGAUGUAAAGCGCCACAGCUCCGCCUCCUUCGAGAAUGUAUGGUUAAGACCUGGUGAGGCCUCUGCUGCUUCUACUGCUCCUACAGUAGCCAAUGGACGAAGGGAAAACACUUCAGGCCCAGUUCCCACGUUAACAAACCAUGGCCAGAACGGCCUGAACUACAUCGAUCUGGAUCUAGUGCAGAAUGGAGAGCAGCAUGUUCCAGACUGGAAUGCGUGUCAAUCUCGAUCAGUGGAGCUGGGAGCCGUGGAAGGUAUAGAAGAGCUCAGUGCCUACGCCAGCAUAAACUUCCAGAAAUCAGAUGAUACCAGAGGGAAUCUCACACACAGAGAAGAGCCGCUUGUUAAAGUCGACCCAGGCAGAGAUAUGGAGGGAUGGAGAGGAAGUAAAGAGAGAGAAUGAAGAGUUGAAAGCCUCCGCUUCUUCAAGCACCAAGACUCAAAACCUCUCCCCGCUCACCACAAGCCGGACCUCAGAAAACUGGACCUCAAUAAACUCGGUAACCUCAUUUUUCCAGGACUACAUUAUCACCCAAAACCAUAUGAACAUAACAGAUCUCAUAACAUCACACAUCCGGACCUCACAAACGCUGGAUUCCACUUACCAUAAAUCUCCCAGAACCGGACUUUCACUGUGCGCACCUUUUUUGACAUUACCAGACGUUACUGUUAUAACUGUUACAUACUCGGUACAAAUCGAUUUCCCAUGAUCAGACAUGGUAAAAUGGCCCCUUUUUGGGGUGAAGGGCAAUGCUACUUCAGUAGUAGUGGUAGUAGUCUCUAAAACAAUGUUACAUUAAUAAUAUUUUUGUAAAUGAUGGUACAGGGAUGCUUUACAAAGCAGCCAUAUUGUGUUGGGUUGGCGACAGUGUUAGUUGUACCCGUUUCCUUCAGUACUGCCAGACAUUUCCAUUACAGAUGAGAUUACAUGUUGCAAUCCUGCUCUCAAUUAGACACUUUUAUACACCCAGUAUGGACGACCUCAAACAGCCAGACUUGACCUCAGGACUUUACGAAAGAGUUUACACACACACUGUGUUUCAGCACUGUGAGCCAUGACUGACCUCAUGCUGCCAAACACACACUGUGAUGUCUGUCAAACCCUGGUUUCAUUUCAUACCUGCUCACAUUACAUCCUGUUUAAUUGUAAUAAUAAGCAUGUAACUUAUCUGGAGGUUAUACUGGCCUCUCCAAACCAAUUUUUUUUUUAUGCAAAUUUUUUUAUCACUUAGAGUAUGUCUUAUAUAGAAUAUAUAUAUUAGCUUCUAAACAAAACUCAACCCUAAAAAAUGUUGGUACUAUUCUUUUUUUCUUUUUCUUUUCUAAAAACAUUUUUUUAGACCUUUUUUUUUAUUUGUUUGUUUUCAUGCUAAUUUAAUUGAAGAAUAUCUCAUAUAGAGUAUAUGUUGGCUUCCAAACAAAAUUCCACCCAAAAAAGUAAUUUUGGUACUAUUUAUAUAUAUAUAUAUAUUUUUAUACACACGGGUUUGGUUACCAUAGAUUGAAUUUUCCAUCACUUCCUGAUUUGGCAACUGACAAUUCAGUUGAGAUUUUGUGAAUGAUGUCGGGCGAAGAUUUUUAAAUAUGACGCUAACAUCACAAGUGAAUAAGAGGCCUUAAAUAAACAGCUUAUUUAGGCUGUGACUAAUGUUUUUGAUCAAAUUCCCCCAAUAUUUGGUCAAACUGAACAAAAACUUGCACAAGAACGUGUCGUAAAGUUUCCGUAAACGUCUAAUCCUUUAAGUGCAAGUGUGUUUUACAGGCAGCAGUAUUUUAUUAUUAUUUUUUAAGCAUCCUGCUGUUAAGCCUUGGAAGCCAGUCUGAGUUGAAUCUUUUAUUUCGUAUGUUUUAUUUUUGCUUCUAAAUAAUAUGCUGUGGCGAUGGUAAAGUCACAGCACCAGGUUUAACAAAGCAAAAAAAAAAAAAACUCAAAAUGUCUGUCAUGUUUGCUGCUGAAAUUAAACAAACAAUGAACAAUCUGUAAAUUAUUGAAUAUAUAGAAAUGUUGUUCUUGGUUCUCUUUUGAGAGUGAAAGUAUUUAACAUUUCAUGGUUGGUGUUUCAUUAUAAAUUUUGUUUUCCUUAAGAAUCUCGACACACGUUUUAAAAAUGUGUCUACUGUUUUUAAGUUUCUUUUUGUUGGGAAUAUUUGCUUUUGUAGUAAAAUGUAUAAUCCAAUGUUUUUUGAGAGAAUGGUACGGUUCUAUAGUUUUCUUAAAGAUGUAACACGCACAUCAGGGACUUCCCCCUUACCCCCCCACCACCACCAACUCUGAAUUGAAUAACUUUUGAGAACUUGUCACAUGGUUCCCUGAGCUCUGAUUGGCUGUGACAGUGACGUUCCUGUAAUCGGAUAGGCCGUUCUAAAGGUUGCCUGUCAUUCGAUAGGUUGCAGUUGUCGAUUUAGCACCCUGCGGUCGUGUUGUGAUACAGGGUGUGGGGCUUCACUUUUCCCACCAUUAUGUGGCCAAACCUUCGACAUCUCAAACAAACUUGUUGUUCUUUGUAAAUAAUGAAUUGUAUAAAAGAAAACCGUUGAUUGGUGGAUAUUGGACUGGUUUUAUGGAUGCUCAAAGCAAGCAGAUGAUUGGUCACCUUUUAAUGAAUGAAUUGAAACAUGUAAACAGUAUGAGUGUAUGUACAGAUGAAUGCACAUGUAAACAGAUGUUUGUUUUAAAUGAAUGAAAUGAUUGGCAGUAAGGAGAGGGCUGUAUAUACCCCUCCCCUCCCCCUAUUUAGAAGAAUGGUAUCUUCUGGAACCUUGAUGUGUAAUAAAGUAGAAGCGCUUAUCUUUUCUGAA